AUGGCAGAGUUUGGUGGCCAAAACACCUCGUUUACACUCGAUCAUAUCAACGGUCUCGACGCAGUUGACGUCGCUCGCCUCGCCUCAUCACCCAGCGCGACGACUGCGUCGACAAGCCCAUCCCACGCUUCCUCUCCUGCUGUCAACGGCGUGGCCCCGUCGUUCUCUGCUACACCGUCCUCCCUUGUUUCCGCACUUAAUGGCGUUGAUGCAUCUCAAAGCCGCACCGAGUCAUCAGGGUCACCCCCAGAACUAUUAAGCUCUGGCUCGGAGCUAGGCUUUUCAUCUACGAGUAGUGGACCUGCGACAUCAAGCUUUGACCCUGGGUUUCCAUAUCCUCGUUAUGACGCCCAGCUUUGUGCAAACGCAAAUGAAGACUCGCCGGAGCAAGGGAGUCCGCAUUUAUUCGCCUUAGGCACCAUGUUGAAAAACAUUGCACGUACGGCGAGUUCCGCUAGCAAAGCCUGCGACAUGGGUUCUACCACGGAUGCGCAGCAGAUCGUAGAUGAGUUGAAGCGGAAUGUACUACUCGUCGCAGAACUCGUUUCUCAAGUGAAAAUAGCUGAUGCAUCUGGUUGGUCGCCCUUCCCUCGCCUGCGUAAUCGGACCUUUUCAGUCACAGCUGGGCUGGACGUCGAGCAACACCAGCACUUAAAUGCGCUCUCGGUCUUCCAGCCGUCCAACCAACUCGACCCCAACGCGAUGUACGACACCUCUGACCUCUCGCGAAAACGUGGCGCGUCUGCUAUAGACGGCGAUCGAGCCAUGAAGGCCAUGAAGCUGGAACCUCAAGAAGAACCACAGCCCAUACCCGCGGUGCCAGCCAGGCGUUUGUCGACUUCAACGCACGCUUCCUCUGGUUUUGCCUUUGCUCCCUCUACGAUACCACCUCCGCUCGUAUCGUCGCUGAGCGAUAUAUCCUCCCUCCCAUCAUCGCUAUCAUCGACCGGCUCCACUUCACGUCCACAAAGCUCUGCUGGGAUACCCCCUCAUCCAUUGGCCCUUGCGUCGGACCCACCUAAUUCCUCACACCCGUUGCAAGCGGGUGUACAGUAUCCUACACUGGACAGUUUAUCGGGUCUGGCACGCACUGCAACGGAAUACGUAUCUCCCAUCGCAUCUAGCGUGCCUUCUACUGCUCUGCCGUCUACUGGCUUCAAUCCUUCACUUCCUGGAGGCAUGUGGCGAGACCCGUCAGCAUCUUUCACUCAUCACCAUCAACACUCCUUGUCCGCCGGCGCCGUCUUGGUGCGGAUCCCGGAGUCUGGCGUAUCUGCAGGCGGCCCGUCUUCAUUGCAGUUUCCGCCGCCGCCUGCAUUCCAUUCGCCUACUCGAGCUACCUUGUUAUCGCAGCAGCAAUCAAUACCCAUGGCAUCUUCAUCGUCUGCCUCAUUAAUUUCCCAUCACUCUGUGCGCUCUUCGCGUUCCUCGUCUUUCGCUCAUCAACAAGGUGAACCGCCAAACCUUCCGUACGACAUCAUGCAAGCGCGCCAAGCGGCUGCGAUGUACUCUCGUGCUUCGUCCCCCGCGCUUGAUGAUGAGAUGGAUGGGCAGGACUCCGAUGACGACUUCGGCGACUUCCCGCACUCACAAUACCACUCUCCCUCUGCCGGAGCUGAAGGAGCGGACGUUGUAGUCGGUGCCGAGGGGCCGCCGGCUUCUAUGCAGCCGCCCCGUGGGGGUCAACGGCGCAUGAGCCGCGGAUCACCUUCUGCCGAGGGUGGAUCGACAGCCUCGGGCCAUGCAAAUGAAGUCCCACAGGAGUAUCGUGCCGAGGUUGAGCGCAUCUUCUUCGAGUUCCUCGACAAUACCUGCUCGAACCUGGAGGCGACCGACGCGAAGGGGGAGCCUAUACACCAGACGCUCAUGGCCAAGAAGAUGCAACGGCUCGACGAAUCGCCUGAUUUUCGGCCAUUCAAGUUCCGGAUUCAGGCGUUCACCAACGCAUUCCUCGAGGAGCUCGCCCGCCAGGGCUAUCCGGAGGAAAAGAUCCCGAUGAAAAAGAUCCGCAACUUCUUGUGGAACCAGCCUUAUAUCUCUCGGUUCAACGAGGAUGGCAAGAAGUCGAAAUCGAAGGGCAACCAUAUCUGGCAUGUCGAUGCGAAGAAAACCGACACUGGUUGGAUGUUUCGUCCUUUCAAGCGGAGAUUGGCCGGUACACCACCUGGGGUGGCUUAUGUCGGAUUGCGGUGGUCUUGGGCUCCACGCAUUUGGGACCCUCAAGCGUCGCGGACCAAUAUGCCCGUUAAAUAUAGCUCUCCGUCACUUCCGUCAUGGUUGUCUUGGAAAGAUGAUGUAUUGUCCGGAAUACCCACACCCGAUGCUCAGAACUGCGACGUCACGGUUGAGGCUAGAUUCAUACAAGACGGCAAAGAGGAGUUCCUAUCCCAAACGGUGCAUGUGACCAUUGCCCCUAUGGCAUCAGUGGACUCGACGUUCACUCCUUCACGACGGCCGUCUUUGGUCGGUGACAUCCAAAACCCUCGCCGUGUCAUGAGCGAUACGGUGGUCGGGCAGUCUAAUCCACCUCGGUCGGUCGUGUUGCUGCCAAUGCUUCGAGCACAGACGACAAUGACGCCUAUAGCUCCUGUAGUUGCCCCUGAUUCCCAAGUGGUCCAAGUGCUGACCACCGCUGCCCAGCGAGUCGCACAGGAGGCACAGUCACAAGUCGUAGCCUCUCCUAACGAUGUCGGGCCCGAACUGCAGGCGCUUGCUAAACAGCAACACGUCCUGACGGUGACCGCGCAAGCGAUCAACUCGAAGAUGGCUGCAGAAGCACAGGAGGGCACGUCCCAAUCGAACGCCCUGACGGCAGCUGCUCAGCAAGUCGUGCUCCAAGCUGCUCGUCAGGUCGCUGCCGACCGCAACGUGGCCGCCGUCUCUGCCGGUAUUUCUCCGUCGCAAACCUCUGCGGCCCAGGUUACGGUGAAGGAUGUGUCGGUAGCCACGCAGUCCGCAGUGGCCCAGGCGGUGGACAUGAUCGGGCCUUUGUCCAGCGAGAUGGAUGUCCUGAUGACUGCGAGCUCGCUGCUGCAGCAGCAAACACAGCACACUAGGCUGCCAAUCCCGCCGGGUGCGAUCAUGGAGUCUCAACUUGGCGCUGCAGACGCUAGCCGGUUGCAUACGAUGGGCACAACGUCGCCGCACUAUGGCAUCUCCAUUCCGCCAGCCUCUGUCCCCGUCUUUUAUUCUACAUCUUAG